AUGGAGCUCUAUGAUGGCCUGGAAUGGAUGAUGAACGGUAAAAACCACAGGUACUCGUUCCAGGGCAAGAUGAUAUAUCCGAGCUCGAUGCCCCAAGGCUCACGAGAGAAAGUUCCGAAGCCGUCGGAUUUUGAGAUGAAGGAUUGGGAAGAAAUCGAGCUCAUUGCACCCGACCAAGUCAUGACCAAAGCAUUCAUCAUCCUCGCCGCACGCAGAUCAGAGAAAUCUCUUUCGGGAAAGGCGUUGGAGGAUUGGAGACGCCGUCGGCCGACAAUUCUUAUGCUCCAUGCCAAUGCUGGUAACGUGGUCAGUAUGCCUCUUCGUCGGCCUGAACCCAGCUUUGACUCCCUCGCCCAGCUUCUUGACGCCAAGAUUUUAGUAGAACAGUUUGAGUGCAACGUGGUAGCGAUUUCCUAUCGAGGAUAUGGGCAUUCCUCAGGAACGCCCUCCGAGAAGGGCAUCCUUCUCGACUCGCAGACUGUCUUCGAUUACACCAAAUCCCACCCCAUCCUCCAGUCUUCUCCUCUCUUUCUCUACGGUCAAAGCUUAGGUGGCGCAGUCGCAAUUGGUCUUGCUUCCAACAAAGUCAACGCAGGCAAAAUAACCGGGGUUAUUUUGGAGAACACGUUUGCUAACCUGAGGAAAUUGAUUCCAGUAGUGAUGCCAAUGAUCGGACCGUUAUCGUUUCUGUGUCACCAGACAUGGUACUCGGACGAGCGGAUCAAACAGAUAAGCGAUGGGCCGGAGUCGCCAGCAUUUCUAUUCUUGUCGGGGACGAAGGAUGAUUUGAUCCCCACCUCACAUUUCCGGAUCCUCUAUGACCUCUGUCCGUCCAAACAGAAACACUGGAAAGCUUUCAAAGAUGGCACCCAUAAUGACACUUGUCUCCAAAAAGAUUACUUCCCUACUAUGGGCCGCUGGAUUGAAGAAAUUUACGCCAGUGUCAAACACGCGUGA